AUGGCAGAUGUUGACAAAGCAGACAGGCUGCCCGCGGCAGAGCGCAAGCGCCUGAAGAAGGAAGCAGAAGCGAAGGCCCGCGCCGAGGAGAAGGCCAAGAAGAAUGCUGAGAAGCAGGAGCAGGCGAAGGGUCAGUCUUCUGGCAAGCCUCAGGAAGAGAACCUCGAGGACUUGGACCCCACCAAAUACCGAGAGAACCGCAUCGCAGCAUUGAAGAAGCUCGCCGACCCGUACCCACAUAAGUGGAACGUGACCAUCUCCAUCCCGUACCUCGUGGAAAAGUACAAGGAUAUUGAGUCAGGGGUACACAUGGAAUCGGAGAUCGUAUCUAUUGCUGGACGCGUCAAGAACAAGCGGACAUCUGGAGCAAAGCUGCUCUUUUAUGACCUCUUCGCGGAUGGCGUGCGCGUGCAGGUGAUGUGCCAAGCGCAGCACCAUGAAGAUGGUGAUUUUGCAGAGGAGCAUGCCAAGAUCAACCGCGGUGACAUCAUGGGUGUCCGUGGGUUCGUGGGCAAGUCCAACAAGGGCGAGCUGUCAGUGUUCCCCAAAGCAGUAAAGCUCCUCUCGACGUGCUUGCAUAUGCUCCCAAAAGACCACCAAGGGCUGAAGGACCAGGAAGUGAGAUAUCGAAAGCGGUACUUGGAUCUCAUGCUCAACGAAGAUGUGAGGCGCACCUUCUACAUCCGAUCCAAAAUCGUCAACUUCAUUCGGCACUACCUCGACAGCCGUGGAUUCCUGGAAGUAGAGACCCCCAUGAUGAACAUGAUCGCGGGCGGUGCGACGGCAAAGCCGUUCAUCACGCAUCACAACGAAUUGAAUCUGGACCUGUUCAUGCGAGUAGCUCCCGAACUUUACUUGAAAAUGUUGGUAAUUGGAGGGCUGGACCGCGUCUUUGAAAUCGGCCGCAACUUCCGCAAUGAGGGUAUUGACCUGACGCACAACCCAGAAUUUACAGCAUGCGAGUUCUACAUGGCAUAUGCAGACUACAACGACCUUAUGGACAUGACGGAAGAGCUGUUCAGUGCCAUGGUUCUGAACAUCAAGGGCAGCUACAAGAUCGAGUAUCAUCCGGAGGGCCCUGAUGGCCCAGCAGUGGAAAUUGAUUUCACACCGCCUUGGCCGCGCAUCUCCAUGGUUGAGGAGAUUGAGAAGAAGGGCAACAUUAAGCGCAACUUUGAUGACCCGGGCACGGUGAAGCAGCUGGAUGACCUUGUCACAAAGCUGGGGCUAGAAUGUCCACCGCCACGGUCAGCUGCAAGGCUUUUGGACAAGCUCUGUGGGCAUUUCAUCGAGGACAACAUCGUCAAUCCAUCUUUUAUCACAGAGCAUCCUCAAGUGAUGAGUCCGCUGGCAAAGUGGCAUAGAAGCAAGACUGGCUUGACGGAGCGUUUCGAGCUCUUUGUCAACACGAAGGAAAUUUGCAACGCAUACACGGAGCUGAAUGAUCCAGAAAGGCAGAUGCAGUGCUUCCUGGGCCAAGCAAAGGCAGCCCAAGAGGGCGACGACGAAGCGCAAGGAGUGGACCACGACUACGUCACCGCUUUGGAGCACGGCUUGCCUCCGACAGGAGGCCACAGUGGCCCACAUAUGGGGCUUUACGAAAUUUGGGAACGUAAAAUGCACCCCAAGUAG